UUUUAGAUGAGGUGGGAACUGUUGGCAUUUUUAAUGUUAUAUGUAAAUAUCGUAUGUGGAGAGGAUACAGAUAUUAAUGACUCCGCACACAUUGUUGCAUCAAAAUUUACGCUGUCUCAAUAUGCAGUUGAAGGGAUGGAUUAUGUUAUUGAUUAUCGCCUUUACAAUGUUGGUGAGAAGGCUGCCUUGCGUGUAACAUUAGAUGAUCGAGAUGGUUUCCCCACACAAGCUUUUGAUGUUAUACGAGGCCUUUUACAGGUACGCUGGGAAAGGAUAGGUCCCGGCAAUAAUGUGUCACAUUCAGUAGUGGUGCGUCCACGAGCUGUUGGUGCAUUUAAUUAUUCAUCCGCUCAGAUAACAUACUAUCCAACUGAAGAUGCGAAGGAAGUGCGCGUUAGCUACACAACUGCUCCAGGCGAAGGAUAUAUUUAUCGACGUAAAGAUUAUGACCGGAAGUUUUCUGCAAAAGUGGGUGUAUGGUUGAUAUUUUUGAUGUUGGUCGCACCAUCAACAAUUAUUCCAUUUGCACUGUGGUACAAAAGUAAAGCGAAGUAUGAUCAGGAAACUCCGUCGAAGAAAAGCAAAUGAAUUUUGCAUUGUUAUUGCAACUUACUUCAUUAUUAAUGUCACAAGAAGCUUCUGGAAAUCAGUCUGUUAACAGUUUUUUGUUUUUGUUUUUGUUUUUUUUAAUAGUAGCAAAAAUAAGAGCGAUAACGGGAUUUUUAUCGAAUAACAUUAUAAUAGAUGGAAGAGCA